AGAAAACUACAACUCCCAGCAUGUCCCGCGGCCCACCCAAGGCCAGAGUCAUGUGACCGCUGUUCACGUGUCGCUGCAGCCGGCCGGGCUUGAGGCACCGCAGCAGAUUUUCGGUGAAGUUUUAAGAAAGAAGACAUCGGGGGCCGGAGAGGGAAGUAAGGAGACUCAGAUCCCAAAUCUUUGGGGAGAAGGAGGUGUAAAGAGCAGCUCUCCCUCCACCACAGCCAGACAGGUGGAAAGAGCAGGUUGAGGAGAUCCAUAGCCCACAGGCCUCCUAGGAUCGCAGCCCCAAACAGUCUGGUGUCACCCUGAAGCUGAAGGUGUUCCCUCAGCUCCCCAGGAGAUGUGGCUGUGAGACAGAACCCAGAGACCCUGCAGGAAGAGGACUUCCAGGGCCAUGGCCCAGGUCAGCAUCAACAAUGACCCUGGCGAGUGGGGCUUAAGUACGGACUCCGGGGAGCGUGCCCGUCUCCUGCAGAGUCCCUCUGUGGACAUAGUCCCCAAGAAUGAGGGGGAGGCCUCUCCUGGGGGUCUGGACAGAGGCACCACUUCCACACUUGGAGCCGUCUUCAUCGUUGUCAAUGCCUGCCUGGGCGCCGGGCUGCUCAACUUCCCAGCAGCCUUCAGCACUGCUGGGGGCGUGGCAGCUGGCAUCGUGCUGCAGAUGGCCAUGCUGGUUUUCAUCAUUAGCGGCCUCGUCAUCUUGGCCUACUGCUCCCAGGCCAGCAAUGAGAGGACCUACCAGGAAGUGGUGUGGGCUGUGUGUGGCAAGCUGACGGGCGUGCUGUGUGAGGUGGCCAUUGCCGUCUACACCUUUGGGACCUGCAUUGCCUUCCUCAUCAUCAUUGGGGACCAGCAGGACAAGAUUAUAGCCGUGAUGGCAAAGGAGCCUGAGGGGGCCGGCGGCAGCCCCUGGUACACAGACCGCAAGUUCACCAUCAGCCUCACUGCCUUCCUCUUCAUCCUGCCCCUUUCCAUCCCCAGGGAGAUCGGCUUCCAGAAAUAUGCCAGCUUCCUGAGCGUCGUGGGCACCUGGUAUGUCACUGCCAUCAUUAUCAUCAAGUACAUCUGGCCCGAUAAAGAGAUGACCCCAGCGGACAUCCUGAACAGGCCAGUUUCCUGGAUAGCUGUGUUCAAUGCCAUGCCUACCAUCUGCUUCGGAUUUCAGUGCCACGUGAGCAGUGUGCCCGUCUUCAACAGCAUGCAGCGGCCCGAGGUGAAGACCUGGGGCGGGGUGGUGACGGCCGCCAUGGUCAUAGCCCUCGCGGUCUACAUGGGUACAGGCAUCUGUGGCUUCCUGACCUUUGGAGCUGCCGUGGACCCUGAUGUACUCCUGUCCUACCCCUCGGAGGACGUGGCUGUAGCCGUCGCCCGAGCCUUCAUCAUCCUGAGUGUGCUCACCUCCUACCCUAUCCUGCACUUCUGUGGGCGGGCGGUGGUCGAAGGCCUGUGGCUGCGCUACCAGGGGACGCCGGUGGAGGAGGACGUGGGCCGGGAGCGGCGGCGGCGCGUGCUGCAGACGCUGCUCUGGUUCCUGCUCACCCUGCUGCUGGCGCUCUUCAUCCCUGACAUCGGCAAGGUCAUCUCAGUCAUCGGAGGCCUGGCCGCCUGCUUCAUCUUCGUCUUCCCAGGGCUGUGCCUCAUUCAAGCCAAACUUUCUGAGAUGGAAGAAGUCAAGCCAGCCAGCUGGUGGGCAAUGGUCAGUUACGGAAUCCUCUUGGUCACCCUGGGAGCCUUCAUCUUCGGCCAGACCACAGCCAACGCCAUCUUUGUGGACCUCUUGUCUUAACCAGUACCUCCCAGGGAACACUUGGCCUUUGCCAUUGGACCCCGGACCACCUCAUAGACCUUUGGGGCCACCUGAGUCUGGCAACACUCCCCUCUACUGGUGGGAUGACACCUGGACAUCCUUCUUCAAGGACGACUCUGGGGUGAAACCAGGCCCCACACCUCUGGACAGCUCAAACCCAGCUCCCUUCCUGCUCCCCCAUCCUGGCUGGGCUGUGGAUAGUGGGAGGAGGUCUCGUGUCGCAGAGGAACCUUCUCCCCUUCUUCACCUCUCAAAUUCUCCAUGCCUGGAAGUCAUGGGUGAAGAGGGUCAUGUCUCCAAAGAAAGAGCCCAGUCUGACUUCCCUCUGCAGAAGGAGUGUGGACCAAGGGCUGCUCUCUCCACAGAAAAGCCCAUCCUGAGUAGGGGCCGUGCUCCUUACCCCUGACUCAGUGCCUGCUCCAGGCUGUCGGCAGCUCAGCCAGCAUGGCUUCCUCUGGCAAGUUCCAGAAGUAGCGCUGAAGUCACACAAAUGUGCAGAGGCGGGCAGACUGAUGCCCUCUCUGCUGCCUCCCAAGGCCACAGUGAGCCCUCUUUCCCAUGGCCGACUGACAUGUCCCAAGGCUUUUGGGGCCUCACUCUUUCUCUUUACCCAGACCUGAUGGUCCAGGCAUCCCUCUGCUUCUCCACCCCCAGACAUCACCAAGUCUAAUGUUUACAAACGGUGCCAGCCCAACUCUGCACCAGGGGCCAGGGGCCGUGCCACGGUGCUGUGAGUACUCCCCCCCCCACCGACUGCCGCCCCCCCCCCCCACCGCCCCUGCACCUUCCGCAUGGCGGGGAGUCUGCUCCUCUCUCUCAGAUUCCACACAGGCCCUUUUCAGAGGCACAAGGGUGGGUGAUGGUGAAGGCUGGGGAUGUUUCAGACCCAUGCAGGCUGGGCUGGUGAGAAUCAAGAUGAACCUUCUGGAA